UUAUCUGCGUAUAGCCGGAGCGCAGGACUUACAGGUGACCAUUAAUAAAAACGGAGAAGACUUUAUGAAGGGAGAACAAAAAGAGAACGAUUCAUAGAUAGAUAUUGAUUUCAACUCGAGAUUCUUAAGAAUAUGUAACCUUAAUUGGCAUCUGUUAGAUAAAAAACGAAAUAAUUUCUCGGGGAAAUCGGCGUUUUUCAAAUUCAAGCAAUGAGACCGAGUACUUUCUUUUAUUGGAAAGCUCAUUCGUUUCGUAUGGAAACGUUUAAAGAAGCAUCAAUUAAGACUUUUGCGCAGAGCCACGCGCGUCUCCCCCGUCUCCGGACGGGCGGCCGCUAACCUGUAGUACUUUGAGAGAAAGUCAUGAAAAGUGUCAGCAGUCAUGGAGUCGACGGCUUUUAGUAAUCACUCGGAUUUAAGGUGGCAUUCGAACCAAACCAAUGAUGCAGUAUCACCUCCAAAACUUUUGUUUGGGAUUGGCACCGACAAUUUUAUAACGCUUCUCGUAUUUGGACUGAUAUUCAUCCUCGGGGUUGUAGGGAACUCCAUGGUGAUCACAGUACUGGCACGGAGCAAGCCUGGCAAACCCAGGGGCACCACUAACAUCUUCAUUCUCAACCUCAGCAUAGCCGAUCUCUCGUACCUCCUUUUCUGCAUACCCUUCCAGUCGACGGUCUACAUGCUGGACACAUGGGUCCUGGGCGCCUUCAUCUGCAAGUUCAUCCACUACUUCUUCACCGUGUCCAUGCUGGUCAGCAUCUUCACCCUGUCGGCGAUGUCCGUGGACCGCUACAUCGCCAUCGUCCACUCCAGAAAGUCGUCCUCGAUCAGGGUAGCCAAGCACGCCCUGAUUGGAGUGGCUCUCAUCUGGAUCCUCUCGUUUGCCAUGGCUGCUCCUGUUGCUUACAACCAGAACAUCGUCCAGAGAAACGAGAACAACACCUACUGCUGGGAAGUGUGGCCGGACCAGAGCCAGAAGAAAGUAUAUGUGGUGUGCACGUUUAUAUUCGGAUACGUGCUACCUCUGCUUUUGAUUUCUUUUUGCUAUACAAAGGUUUUAAAUCAUUUGCACAAGAAGUUGAAGAACAUGUCAAAAAAAUCGGAAGCGUCGAAGAAAAAGACUGCCCAGACCGUCCUGGUGGUGGUGGUGGUCUUCUGCUUGUCCUGGCUGCCACACCACGUGGUCCACCUCUGGGUGGAGUUCGGCUCCUUCCCUCUGAACCAGGCGUCCUUCCUGUUCCGCGUGGCAGCGCACUGCCUGGCCUACAGCAACUCCUCGGUCAACCCCAUCAUCUACGGCUUCCUGUCGGAGAACUUCCGGAAGGCGUAUAAGCAGGUGUUCCGCUGUCAGGUCGCCAGUGAGUCUCCUCUGAACGACAUCAAGGAGAUACGGAGCAAGGUGGACACUCCACCCUCCACCAACUGUACCAAUGUCUGACUGGAUGUUCUGGUCGCAGGGGCAGAAGACUGCUAGUGCAUCUGGGAGCAAGAAAGAAGAGCUAUGGACACAUAUCAAACCUGGAGUAACCAGCAGCUGAUCAGCAGCUUCUCGAUCAUGAACCUGUGAAAGGAAUUAUCAUCUAAAUAUAAUCCAGCAUGCCUUUUCAAAUCCCAUUACCGCUGCCAUUAACUGAGAGGUGAAAAGGCGUUAUUAAAAACUUUAAAGGAACCUGGAAAUAUUUUUAUUCGUAUUUUAAUCUUGCAGCUGGUAUUUAUGUUGGUUCAGAGACUGUGCUGUUCACUUCAGCUCAACUUAUAUACUCAAGAAAAAAAUAGCAGGAUUAAAAAUAAAACAUGCAGCCAGCUUUCAUUAAAAAGAAAAAAAAACAUAUUUCAUUAUCAAAAUGGCUUUGGAUUUGUGUUUGUGAAGCAUGGCAAUCACUUUGAGUAAUCAGAUCUCUUUGUUGGUUCAAACAUCUUAACCACGAAGGAAUGCCUAUUAAUUUAGUAAAAUCCUCGGGGCUGUAUGGAAUGAUGCUCUUUUCUCUGUCCAGCUGUUUUUAAAAUGUAUGUGAUUGUGGAGACGCCAUUGUAAAUGACACAUAAAUCGUAAAUUUCUCUUUUGUCAUGGUUGUAAUAAAUAUAUGCAUGUUCAUAA